UCAAACUCAAACUCAAAGUAUCUUAUAAUACUAGUAGGUCUACCAGCUUGUGGAAAGAGCACCUUUGGAAAGAGAUUAAAACAAGAUUUAGAAAAAAAUGCAAAUCUAAACGUUGGCAUAUUCAAUGCCGGUAACGUUAGAAGAAACUUUUUAAACUCUUCCAAUGUCAACCAAAAUGCAAACUAUUUUGACUUUAACAACUCUGAAACCUCCAACCAAAGAGAAUUCUUUGCCAAAAUUGCUCUCGAUAACUGUCUCUCAAGUCUAAUCUUCAACCAAAUCGACAUUGGCCUCCUAGACGCAACAAACUCAACUUUCAAAAGAAGAAACAACCUCUUCAACUCAAUCCAAUCAAAAUUAGCGCUAUUCCCUUCUCUAAGAAAAAAUCUAAACGUCCUUUUAAUAGAUAUCAAAACUUCUUCACUAAAAAACUGGAAAUUCAACAUUGAACUAAAAUUGACCUCUUCUCCUGACUACUUGAACAACAAUAUCAACCAUAAAGACGCCCUCAUAGAUUUCAUAAAGAGAACAAAGAACUACCUAUCCGCUUUUCAACCUGUUGAACCAACUGAAAUCAAAAAGUACAACUGGAACUAUAUUCUAAUUGACAACUCUGGUGAUUCCUACUAU